CCAAGACGCGCUGGCUCACUCAUUUGCUCACACCCAGCACAUCCAGCAGGCAGAGAAGGCAGCAGCAGGCAGGACCGCCACCCUCCCAUGCAAAUCACCCCCAGGAGUGCCGCCGGGCUCCUCCUGGGCAAUGCUCCUGGGGCGUCUGUGGGGAAGAUGCCAUCCCGGGCGCUGGGCACUUUUCCUCAUCCUCGCCAUCCUGCUCGACACAGUCGGCCUGGUCCUUUUGCUUCUGGGGAUCUUGGCCUCCCUGAGUUACUGGGACUUCCUUGUCUACACAGGCGCCCUGAUCCUGGCUUUCAGCCUUCUGUUUUGGAUCAUCUGGUAUUCCUGCAACAUUGAGGUGUCCCCCGAGAAACUGGAUCUGUAGUUUGGCCAUGGGAAGAGGAGAGACGCAGGUGCUGUAUGCAGACAUGUCUGUGAACCUCGGGCUCUUGGGCACCAGCAUGUUACAGCUUCUACCUAGCAAGCCCCGCCAGGACCAGGUCCCAUCUGAUGAAGGAGAAUCAAUUCAAGGAGAUGCGCUCUCUUUACAGCACACCCUUUAACAGCAUCCAGGAAGCUGCAAUGGAGAGGCUUUUAAAGUAUUCACAAGGAUGCCCAAGAAUGGCGGUGAUGCCAGGCUUCUGGCAGGUUCCAGGCUCCAUCACAAGCUCAGCAUCCCUGCACCAGAUCUGACAUCGUUGCUGCUGUCCCAGCUGUCUAUGAAGGGCGUGAGUAGCUAUCAAGUUGUUAGAACAGCAGCUCUGCAAGGGGCUUAGACACCAAAAGAGAAGUCUCAUCCUCUGCAAUUCUCAUCAAUGUUCCGAUGUCAUUGUCAAAGCACUGAGAACCAAGCACAAGCACCGGAGUCCAAAUGGGAUCUCCUGCGAGCACAUAUCAAGAAGUAUUGUUGCUGUUUCUCCUCGUCGGCUCUUUGAACAGACUGUGUGGGCUCCUGGAAGGCUCCACUGUAUCUAUCCUUUGAUACUGUCCAGUUGGCACGUGGUAACAUAUUCCAACGUGUUGAUUGCAAACGUGAAUGUACAGCCAGUGCUGUGUGUGGGAGGACUCUCUCCUCCUCAGUGGGGGCCCCACUUGUUUGCACAGCCUGGCCAUGCAGUGGCUCAUAUUGAGCUUUUAACCAACUGAAACCUCCUGCACGUUUUUCUGACAAGCCGGUGACUCCUCUGCUAUGCUGUCCUUGUGUCAUUCAUUUUAUGACCUUAAGGGCAGGACUGUUUUUAUCUUAAGUUACGUCUGGUCAAGUACAGCCCAAAAACAGCAACUCUGAGGGUCAAGCCUGAUAGGCUAACCAGAUAGAUAUGCUCAGCUUCGUCAUCCACUGGAGCCUGACUGCCUCACUAAUUUAUAUUUCCCCUGGUCUAAUGUUGUAUUUUUUUAUUUAUAUUUCACCCUUAGAGUAUAUGUGUCUCUUAUAAGCUGCCUCUGAUCUUUCAUGGUAUGAGGUGGUUACCUAAAUAAAGAAGUAGAUUUGGUCUUUGUUUUCAUGUAA